AUGCAUCCCCUGGGACUAUGUAACAACAAUGAUGAAGAGGACCUGUACGAGUACGGCUGGGUCGGAGUGGUGAAGCUGGAGCAGCCAGAGUUGGACCCCAGCUGCCUGACUGUACUCGGAAAGGCUAAGCGAGCGGUGCAGAGGGGUGCGACUGCUGUCAUCUUUGACGUGUCUGAGAAUCCGGAUGCCAUCGACCAGUUGAACCAGUUGGCGGAGGACCCUCUGAAGCGGCCCGUGGUCUACGUGAAGGGGAACGACGCCAUCAAGCUUAUGAACAUCGUCAACAAACAGAAAGUGGCCCGCGCUCGCAUCCAGCACCGGCCGCCCAGGCAGCCUACUGAGUACUUCGACAUGGGGAUCUUCUUGGCCUUCUUCGUGGUCGUGUCGCUCGUCUGCCUUGUUCUGCUCAUCAAGAUCAAACUGAAGCAGCGGAGGAGCCAGAGCUCCAUGAACAGAAUGGCCAUCCAGGCUCUGGAGAAGAUGGAGACGCGGAAGUUCAAGGCCAAAGGGAAAGUGCUGAGAGAGAGCAGCUGUGGGGCCUCGGACUCUCUGAGCAGCAGCUCCACCUCGGACUGCGCCAUCUGCCUGGAAAAGUACAUGGACGGAGAGGAGUUGCGGGUGAUUCCAUGUGCUCACAGGUUUCAUAAGAAGUGUGUGGACCCCUGGCUGCUGCAGCAUCACACCUGCCCCCACUGCAGACACAACAUCAUAGAGCAAAAGAAAGGAGGCCCGGGCCCAGGCUGCUUGGACCCAGGAAACCCGAUGCACGGGAGGCAGCAGAGGGUGGUGUUGCCCGUUCAUUAUCCUGGACGGGUUCACCGGGCUGGAGGGGUGACCGCCUACCCCACCAGAACCAGCAUGGACCCUCAUGGCAACCCCAUUACUGUGCUCACAGUGGACCAGCAUCCAGACCCUCAAGGCCUGUACCCACCUCAGUCCACCUCCACCUUUCUGAGAAGCUACCACCCCGCUCUGCACCUGGAGCACUCUCUGGGGGCACACCACUGUGGACUGGAGCACCGCGGCCCCCCGCCGUACGGAGCUCAGCCUCAUCACACUGCUUUCAAACGACCCAAGUUCCAUGGACGUAACUCCUUUUCCCGUGCGGCAUGCUUCUCCCAGUACGAGACGAUGUACCAGCACUAUUACUUUCAGGGUCUUACCUUUCCCCAGCAGGACGGGGUGCCAGGACCUGCAGGAGCAGGGGCUGGGGGAGGGGCCCACAAAGGACUCCACAGCAGAGCCUUUCAGCAGGGGCUGCUGUACCCCACAGUGGUCCAUAUGGGCCCCACCACAUCGUCCCGGAUAGCAGAGAGCGGCAGUACGUCAGGGCUCAGCUGUUACCACGGUCACCGCUCUAUGUGCAGUGGGUACCUGGCCGACUGCCCCGGCAGCGACAGCAGCAGCAGCAGUUCGGGGCAGUGCCACUGCUCCUCCAGUGACUCCAUGUUGGACUGUGGCGACGCCAGUAAUCAGGCAGCGUUUGGCAGCUGCUCCACCUUCCGCAGCUCUUUGAGCAGUGACUACGACCCGUACGUGUACCGCAGCAAAAGCCCCUGUCGAGGGGCCGCUGAGGCAGGGACCUGCACCACUACUGCUGCAGAUGAAGCCCCUUCUUCUCCUGCUCCCCAUCAGCUCCUGUCUGGGGGGGACCACACCUCCAGCUGCAGUCUGGAGCCCAGGGACAACACUAGCACUACCUCAGCCUCUGCUCUGGAGCAUGAGCGGGGCAAGGUCCAGGACGAGUUAGGGGAGCAGGGGGUGGCGGCCUGCAGCUGCUGCUUUGACAUGUUGCCUCCUAAUGUGGAGGUUAAAGGGGGGGACUUAGAGCGUGGAGGGGCCUUGGCCUCCGUACAUUGUCACAGAGCAGGAACAGACUUUAAGAGCUCUAAAAACUACUACACAGAGCACUUGUGCCCCUCCACAGAGCAGGCGGGCUUUGAAGGCCUGCCCCGCUGCUUCUACAAAGAAAUGAAGGUUCACAGAGCUGCGACAGGACACUUCUCAGAGGACUACUCUGUUAAUGUGCAGUACACACACGCAGACUCAGACGCCUGCUCUGCACAAGGCUGCUGUGAACUUAACCAGAGAAUACCCAUAAUUCCAGAGGACACAGACUGUGAACUGGGCUCUGUUUCAGAAACUCAAAGCAGUUUGCUGCCACCUAGUGUCAAAAUAGAGGCAGAGGUGUGGACAGGAGAGCAGCUUGAGCCCAGAGCGGGUAUGCACACAGCUGGACCAAGGGCUCAGGGGCAGACGUGCUCUCAGGAGGACGAGACUCGGGCUCUGUUCCACCCUCCACUCUCUGCCACGCCAAGUACGUCGGGUAGUAGUACUGCAGCCAGCGAGGGGGCAGUGAACAUAUGA